GAAACUCAGCUCCUGCACCACUCGUCAACAUGAGCGCCAAACGAAAGUCGUUCGACCACGAUCCGCGAGCGAAGCGAGACGAUGGGCGACCCCAGAAAAAGCCCCGCCAAGAGCGGGCAAAGAAGGAAGACAAGCCCGCUCUGCUCUUCCCUCCUCGGCCAGACUGGCAUGCUGCAGAACUGCCGCCGCUUGAAGCUCGCGAGGCCAAAGACUUGCCAUCGCAACGAACGAUCGAAAACCUUCUGCAGUAUGCCACUGCGCUACUGGAAGCCGAGAACACCGCGUACAACGAUGGCCACCUCACCGGGUCGUCCUCGCACAAGUUCUUGUCGACCAUCAUGGCAAGCGGAACGCUGGAGGACAAAGUCUCGGCCUUGACACUGCUGGUGCAAGAAUCGCCGCUACAUACAAUGAAGGCGUUCGACAACCUUUUGAACCUAUCACGGAAAAAGAGCAGGAACCAGGCUUUGAUGGCUGUCGCGGCGUUGAAGGACAUGCUGGGGCAGGGAAAUGUACUGCCCAGCAACCGCAAGCUGAGGCCGUUCGGCAAGCAACAGGGACUUCUUGCUGCGCUACAAGGGAAGGAUGCGAGGUGGAACAAUGGCGACCCUCUGCCCGGAGGUCUUCAAAAGGAGCAUUUGGUCAUGUGGGCGUUUGAGGAUUGGCUGAAGAAGAAAUACUUUGAGCUGCUCGCGAUACUGGAGACAUGGUGCAACGAUGAGAUUGAGUAUUCGCGACAACGAGCAUUGACCUACAUCUGGGAAUUGCUCAAGGACAAGCCGGAGCAGGAGGAGAACUUGCUGCGGUUGCUGGUGAAUAAGCUUGGGGAUACAGAACGAAAGGUUGCUUCGCGAGCGUCGCAUCUACUGCUCCAACUCGAAAAUACCCAUCCUGCCAUGAAGCUCAUUAUCACGAACUCCAUCGAAGCAGAUUGUCUGUACCGGCCUGGACAGAGUGACCACGCCAAGUACUAUGCCAUUAUCACUUUGAAUCAGACAAUUCUGAGUCGCAAGGAUGAGGACUUGGCAAAUCGGCUACUCGACAUCUACUUCGGUCUAUUCGUCCAGUUGCUAAAGCCGACCGAGGCAAAGAAGUUGGGCCUGGACAUCGCAUCAAUCAACGGAAAGACACAAGGUGGAGGCGGCAAGGCGGGCAAGAUGGCUGCAAAAAAGCGCAAAGCUGAAGAAAAGAAAGAAGAGGCCGCUGUGCAGUUCCACGAUAAAAUGAUCUCUCAAGUCCUGGCGGGUGUCAAUCGUGCGUUUGCCUUCGCAGACACGAGCGACCCCCAUUUUGAAAAGCAGCUGGAUACUGUCUUUCGCGUUGCUCAUUCGGCCAACUUCAAUACCAGCGUGCAAGCGCUUAUGUUGUUGCAGCAGAUCUCGUCGAGGAAGCAUCUGGGUGCGGACAGGUUCUACCGCACAUUGUACGAAAGCCUGCUUGAUCCUCGCCUGUUCAACAGUAGCAAGCAGGUCAUGUACCUCAACCUCUUGUACAAGAGCCUCAAGUCGGAUCUUAACGCCAAGCGUGUGCAAGCUUUCGUUAAGCGCAUGCUCCAAAUCAUUACCAUGCACGAACCAGCUUUCGCCUGCGGCGUGCUGUACCUUAUCCACGAGCUCGAGGUCACCUUUCCCAGCAUACGGAAGAUGAUCACGGAGCCUGAAGUUGCUGACGAAGAUGAAGAGGAGCAUUUCGUCGACGUGCCUGAAGAGGGAGAUCACAAUCCGAAUGCCUCAACAUCGGCCGAUCACAAAGUUCUCUACGACCCUCGAAAACGUAACCCUGAGCAUGCGCAAGCUGAACGGACCUGUCUUUGGGAUAUUUUGCCUCUCUUACGCCAUUUUCAUCCUUCCGUCACGCUCUUCGCAGAGGCUGUGCACGGAACCAAGGAGAUGCCGCCUAAGCCAGAUCCGACUCAACAUACACUCAUGCACUUCCUUGAUCGGUUCGUGUAUCGCAAUCCCAAGACGAAGCAAGAGAAGGCGCACGGCAGUUCGAUCAUGCAACCGCUUGCAGGUGCCAAAGCUGCUGACCUUCUCGUCAAACCUGGUGAUCCCAGCCAGAGAGCACCACUUAAUAACGAAGCAUUCUGGGCCAAGAAGGUGGAUGACGUGGCCGCCGAUGAGGUCUUCUUUCACAACUACUUCAAUGCUGCCGGCAAUGCGAAGAAGAAGCCGGCCAAGGAGAAGAAGCAACGUGGUCCUGAGGACAGCGAGGAUGAAGAUGCAAUGGAAGAUCAAAUCUGGGAAGCAAUCGCGAAUUCCCGACCAGAAGUCGAAGGGCCGGGAUCUGAUGAUGACUUGUCAAUGGGCGAUCUCGAGAGCUUGUCGGGUGGCAGUGACGAUGACGAGUCAGAGGGCGGCAUCGAUCUCGGCGGUGAAGAUGGGGAGGAAGCCGCGGACCUGGACGCUUUCGCCGAUAUGGAUGGUUUCGCGGGUGAGCAGUCUGACGACGAGGACCUCGGCAGCGAUGCGAUGCCAGACUUGGACGAUGACGACGAGGAUGCCAUGUUGGGAGACGACGAUGAGAUACCGUUCGAUGGCUUUGGCGGGGAGGAUUCAGACCAGGCAGAAACGAAUGCUGCCAGGAACAAGAAGAAGAGGGCGGAGAAGAAGAAGCUCAAGAGCUUACCGGUGUUCGCAAGUGCUGAAGACUAUGCGAAAUUGAUAGGUGACGAUGACGAGUUGUGAGGAAGAAUAAUAUUAGUGCACCACCAGCCGGCUGCAGACGAGAGGCAACGACGGUGCCGUCUGUGAUAUCUCGACCAAAGCUACAACUCAUAGUCUGCAGCU